UCCUUCUAGCAAACCUGUACACUCCUCUCGCUCCGCCAUCUUCCGCCUCCCGAAGACGCCACCAGCACUCAGUCAUAUAACUUCCGUGUCACGUUGUGCGGUCAGCUGAUUUAAAUGUGUUUGGCCGGGUACGGCAUAACUUAAAGGCAGCGACUAAAUGGGGAUCGACAAGAAAUAGAGUUGUGGACCCUCCAAAAUCUGUGGCGGAUCGGCAACACUGCAUGCCAACUCGGGUCGAUCCAGCUUUUCCAAUGAAGGAACUGAAUACAUCCCAUUAUCCUGCUACCCGGGCAGCUAGGGUGGCACAGCACUAUCUGAAUUACCACCAUGGAAGCCCUUCUAAAUGGUUCAUGGUCCAUGACAUUAAAAAGGCCAGCUCAGAGGAUAUUCCUGAAGUUGGAACCAAGUACCACAUACAAUUUUCAGUGCAAGAGCAAGCCACAAAAGAAAUUGUAGGAAACUGCACUGCAGAGAUACUUUUCCGACAAACUGAAGAGCAAAGCGCUCCAGAGGUUAACUGCACAUGUGGUGAUCUCCUGAAGAUAAAGACAUCAGAUGCUGACCAUGCUUUAUACCUUCACAUAAAACACCAGCCUGAACCGGUGGCCGGCACGGACAUACCAGACAGUCAAGGAAAUAUUCCUAAAGAAAUGGAGCCCUUUUGGUAUCUUGGGGGAAUUGGAGCCAGCUUUAUAAUGUGGCAACAGUCCAAUGAAUCAACGCUUUACAAUAUGGUACAUGUACACAGUGUAAAACAGCUGAACUCUGAGAAUGACCUGCUUGCCUUUGACUACGUAGUCCUGCUCCAUGACAUGGUAUCGCAGGAAAUUAUCCACUGGCACAUGCAGGUUGCUUGGAAUCCUACACAAGGAGUGAAAGUUACACAGUGCAACUUACUGCCCAAAGAUACAAUGAAGCAACCAUCGGCAGAAAAACACAAGAUCUAGUUCAGCCAGCAGUUCAAUCCUCCACCUGCUUACAGCAAGAAACAACGUCGGCUGAAAUAGUCAUAUAACCACGCGUCAAGGAGUGUCACUUGUCACAUUUUCUUUCUAGUUAAUUAUAUCUCUGAGAAAAGAAUACAAUGCUUUUCUGCUAUCCUUAGAUUUAGUCCAAUGUGUGAAAGUAAACUGAACAGUGAUUCAAACACAAGCUGUACUGGCAUUAAAGUUUUGUUAAAACACA